AUGUGUAUCGUAUUUGAAAUUGAAGUUAGCCCUGUAUUAAGUCGAUCUUCAAAUAAUCGACCUGACUUUUCCUUACCAUAAUGUGAUAACAAUAGUGAAGAUGCUUCUUUUGAACCUAGCAUUAGUUCUGAGUAGAAAUUAGCAUAAAGUAUAUUCGAAAUAACUGAGUAAAAGAAAGAAACUAAACUACCUCUCGAUAGAGAUUUAGAGAGCAGUCAAGAUUAGCUCCUUAAGAUAAAAAAUAAAAAGUGGGGUACCAAGGGUCUCAGGAUAAUGUUCUUUAUGACUAAAUUUGUAAAACAAAUGAAAAAUCAUUCAACCUAAGUAAAAUUUAAAUCUUUAAAUGGGAACAUUCUAAAAUUAAUAUCAGAUGCUGCAAGUGAUUCAGAUGUGUUAUUGUAGAAACAUUUGAAUAAAAUUUAAAUUCUCAGUUAAAAUUUAAAAUGGGGUCUUAGCCACAUUCCGAUUAUAGAUCCGGAUUCUAAUUUUAAGGUGAUGUGGGAUAUGUUUCUGUUAAUUUAAAUAAUCUUGAAUAUUUUUUAUAUCCCAAUGAAAAUAGGAUUUGGCUUUUAAAAUGAGGGGAUACUGUACUAAUUCUUUUUUGAAUCCUUACCCUCUUGGACCUUCAUUAUAGAUAUCAUCAUAAAUUUCUUCACUGCUUAUUACAGUAAGGNUAACAUCUGCUUCGGUUGUUUUUUUUAGAAUCCUAAGGAAUUCAUCAAUUACUUUCUCUUCAAUGAACAAGCUAACAAAUCUUGA